CGAAAUAGUUGUUGCUUCCCAAAACUUAAAUUAGAAAAAGCCACGGAAACAAAUCCGCUCGCCGCGACGCGAGGGCCUCGUCCGGUCGUCCCGUCCCCUCGCGCCCCCGACGCUGCCUGCGUGCGCGUGGCGACUCGGCGGCCCGCCCCGCGCCUCGCCUCGCGAUCGGGGCCAUCGGUCCCGGGUCGGACGGAUGCCGGUGGACGUCGAGGCGGCGAUGGCCCCGCCCCCGCCGGCCUCAGCGUGCAGCUCGUCGUCGAUAGGGAGGGACAGCGACCAGUGCCCGCCGCCGGGGAAGGAGGAGGGGGAGGACGAGGGCGAGGUGCAGAGCGCGUUCACGGGAGGAGCAGGAGGAGGGGGCGGCCUCGCCGGGUUGGAGGCAUUGGAGGAGGCGCUCCCCAUUCGGCGCAGCAUAUCCAAGUUCUACAAUGGGAAAUCCAAAUCCUUUGCGUGCCUCAAAGAAGCUAUAACAUCUUCUGGUUUUGCAAAAGACAUCACUAAGGCAGAUAAUGCAUACUCCAGAAAACGGAAGAAUUUCCUUGCCUUCAGCAUCAUGUAUGGAAACUCACACGAAACAUCAGCUGCUCAGGCUUAUGAAACCACGCCUCCUAAGAGGCUUGCUAGUUUGAGCAGAAACUCUUUGGCGACCUUGGCUAGUAGCAAUUCGGGAAGCAGCAGCAGUAUCAGCAUUGAAGAGAAUGAGCUGCCUGAGCAGCUCCAUUCUCCGCUCUCACCUGAUAAUUUUAUAUCCACACCACGAUCAGAAUCUCGCGCAUCUAAUGAAUCAUCUACGCCUAUGAGGUCACUGUCAAUGAUGGAUUUGCAUCGUCUGCAUAGAUCAAGUUCCUCAGUUCGUCUCAAAGAUACUGAGUGAAGAUUAGAUGAAAAUUUUAGAGAUUUUUCACUUUUUCUGUUAUCUUUUUUUUUUUUGGUUUCCAGUACCAGUACCAUCUUCUCUAAUAUAUAUAAGGUUGGCAUGAAGGUUUCUGGAUAAAUAAGCGAGCACGUCAAGUUUGGCGAGGAGGUAUAUGUGUUACUCUGUUGUAAAUUAGCAUAUAAUGUACUAAUAUGGAUGGCACAAACUGGCUUCUACUCAUGUAACCAUCUUCGGCUGUAAAUUAACAAGAUCUUAUGCGUUUUGUCCUUCUUCGUCAUGCAUAAAUCAAACAUUCAAUAGUGUAAUCAUGCA